AAUUAACAUAUUUAACAAAAUGGAGGAUUUAGAACAGGAAGAAAAUUUCCUUGGAGAAGAUGAGCGCAAGAAUGGCGUCACUUACACAGAAUAUGUCGACCUUCUUCCAUUCGAAGAACGGACGAAGGAUGACCAUUACUGUGAAGCCCUUAGGUACUCUUCAUCUGAUGAUUGGAAAGAGCAGUUUUUCGCGACUGACUUAUUAAGAAGGCUUAAUAAAUAUGAACCCGAGUUGAUCGGAGAGAAAUCAAUGGAAAUAUUUCCAUUCUUGGAUUACUGAAUCAACUCUCCGAGGACUUGUUUGGGCAAGAAUGUACUCAUUUUCUGUCAAGAAAUUUAUAUGAGUGAUCGCCCGGAAAGUCUGGUAGAAUUCACUUGAAGUCUCUUGCCAUUCAUAAUAACUAAGAUUGGAUUUGAAAGUACCUUCCUCAGCACAGAAUCACAGUUUGCAUUACAAUUCUGAGCUGCAAGCAUGGCCUACCCUCAAUGCAUUGAUGUUUUAUGAGCUCAUUCUGAUUAUAAGAAUAAUUUUAUCAAGAACAAGGUUUGGGAGGCAUUAACGAUUUGAAUUCAAAAUUUAGACCCAAGUUAUUACACUUCUGAGGUUAACUACCCAAAUCUUCACUGACUUGAGACAUUCCUUGAGACAAUAUGAAAGGCAUUGGUUGUUUCUAAAUCAGCUGAAGCUAAAGAAUCUACUAAAAUGCUGAAAUUUAUUGGAAAAGAGACUGUACAGACUCUCUGCGAUCAAAUAUUUGAUGAAGAUAAUAAGCACAAAGUUGAACGUGUAAUGGGAAUUUUCGCUAAGAAGGCCAAGAGAAGUAGAUUUUUGAAGAAUAAAUUCAAAAAUCUCGGAGGCAACAAGUCUAAGGGUGACUUUGUCAUCUGUAUUAAGUAAUUA